AUGGUCUCCGAUUCCAUCGAUUUGCCUCUUGUCGCCGACGACAUGCAGCUCGAGGUUGAUGCGAUUGCAUGGGAGUUCGUACCACUGACGCUGGAAACUGCUCAAGUCGCUCUUGAUGCCGUGCGCUACCAAAGUAACUACGUUCGAACCGUGACCACAGGAUUCUGUCUUCACUACAUCAACUCCAUUCGCAAGCGUGUAAGCAGCAGUAUUACGAGCUACCUCUUCUCGGUCGAUGGUUGUGAGCUCUCAGUUGUAGAGCCUACCGGUCGCUGUGAUAUCUACUUGUGUCGUCCGUACACGUACGAGGUGCAACUGGCACAGAAAGCGAUCGGAAGUGACGUCUUCAUGGUACAGUCAAUCUACAAGACCGCCGACCAGAAAACGUUGGAUGAGCUACGGCUGGAGACGAGCAACUUGGACUUUUCGACUAUGAUCGAACCCGUCUUUUACCCAUAUGAAAUCUCGCUUCAAACUGAGGAACCCGUCGUUAGACAAGUUGCUGAUGAAGAACCUGAAAGUCCGAUCCUCAACGAUGAACCGAGCAUUUCGACUUCUCAUCUGAAAAAAAAUUGGAAAUCGCAACCGGUUCCAACAGCGCAAGAUACAAGCCCCCCAUUGUCAUUUCGCGCUGAGCCAGCGUCAAUGAUUGCAUCACAACCCGAGAACAUUGUUGCUUCCAGAUCUGCUACAGCGGUCGCCAUUAUCGGGAUCGCGACUGUGGCGAUCUCUAUGAUCGCGUUUGUGGUGGCGUUGGUUAUCGUUCGAUGGCGCGCACGAGCCAACGCUACAGAGGUCGCUCUGAGCGAAGAGUAUCCGCCAUUGAGCGGGGUAGCCAAAACCACAAAGGGAACAGUCUCCAUCUCUAGCACGGAGAGCGUUGCAUUCGACACGAAGCAUGACGUUGGGCAGCUAACCGGUUUCUUAAUCUGA